AGUUUUGAGGUUAUUUUAGCAACCGGUCGAGAACCUUUACUGGACAAUUUUGCAAAUAACAAAAUGUCAAGAGGCACAAGUGCAGGUUAUGAUAGAUACAUUACUGUAUUUUCUCCAGAAGGUCGACUUUAUCAAGUUGAAUAUGCAUUCAAAGCAAUUAAUCAAGGAGGUACAACUUCAAUCGGAGUUCGUGGAAAUGACUGUGCUGUUGUUGUAACACAAAAAAAAGUUCCUGACAAACUACUUGAUGCCUCUACGAUGACACAAAUGUUCAAAAUAACAUCAACAGUUGGAUGUGUCAUGACUGGAAUGAUGGCUGAUUGCAGGUAUCAAGUGCAGCGUGCCAGGAUGAUUGCAGCUGAAUGGAAAUACAAGUUUGGUUAUGAUAUAUCUGCUGAAAUGCUUUGUAGAAGAAUAGCUGAUAUAUCUCAAAUUUAUACUCAAAAUGCAGAAAUGAGACCUUUAGCUUGCUGUAUGAUUUUAAUUGGAGUAGAUGAAGAUGGGAACCCACUGUUGUAUAAAACAGAUCCUGCUGGAUAUUUUUGUGGUUAUAAAGCAACCAGUGCUGGUGUCAAACAAAAUGAAGCCAAUAGUUACUUAGAAAAAAAAUUUAAAAAAAAAACUUCAUUUACAUCCAAAGAAGCCAUUGAGACUGCAAUUGGAUGUCUAAUGUCGAUUUUAUCUGUGGAUUUUAAGCCAUCUGAAAUCGAAGUAGCUUUAGUUGAUUGCAAAGACGGGUUAUUCAAAGUCUUAACAGAAUUAGAAAUAGACGAACAUUUGACUUCAAUUGCUGAAAGAGAUUAAAACAACGCGAUUGCUUUUAAAAGAUGGCUACGUUGCUUUACAAUAAAGAUUUAGUUGUUCUGAAAUA